CGACGCACCACAAACCACCACGGCAAACGAUCCGGCCGAGUCCGCGCCUCCUGCCGCACAGUCGCUAGACGACAAGCCGCGCGAUCAUGCUGCAGGUAGUUCGCGUUCGGCGAUGGCUCCCCCCAAGCCCGUGGCGUUCCCCACGCCAAAGCCGAACAGCCAAGUCGGUCGGCCCACAUCGAUGUCAUCCGGAGUUCGCGGCGGCGCUGGCGUUUCGCGUUCCAGUGCUCGGCCGAACGCUUCGCCGUGGAAGCUUUCGACGACCGCUCCGCCAGAAAUGCCUGAAGCGUUUCGCACACGUUUCCUGGAACUGUAUGCUGUCAGCCCCAAGCAGCCCUGGGUCGAAAUGACAUGGUGGGAAGGAGCCGAUUCCGAUCAAAUACAGAAGUACAUGGACCAUCUCGAGUUGCUCGUCGUCCGUGACGAAGUGCCUGGUCAAAUCGAAGCCAGCAACGUUACCGUCACGCCGUUGGGAGGAUCGAGUCGUGAUUUCUAUCCACCCAAUGGAGACCAAUCGAUGGCUCUCUUCCCGGAGCCCACGCACCUGCUGCAUGUCAGCGUAGCGUACCCCGGCGACGACAAUGCAUCGAUCGUCUUGAUGCAAGACUUCGCCGUCGAAGCCAACGAUCGCUGGACCGUUCCGGUAAGUUCCGACGAAAUCGCCCAAGCCAAAGCUGGAACCUGGUCGGUGAUUCUAACGCCCACCAAGCCUGUACCGCGCGAUUGGUUUCCUGCGUCGAUGGCUGGCGUGAAGAUCUUAUGCCUCGCUUCCGGGGGUGGGCAGCAAGGGCCGAUCCUCGCGGCAACCGGAGCGGACGUUGUUGUCUACGACAACUCGCCCAAGCAGCUGCACCAAGAUCGUCUUGUGGCCGAUCGCGAUGGCCUGGCACUAGAAACCGUCGAAGGCGAUAUGGCCGAUCUUAGCCCCUUCGCCGAUGCGUCGUUCGACUUGAUCUUUCAUCCUUGCUCCAAUUGCUUUGCCGCCGAUGUCCUGCCGGUCUGGCGAGAGGCCUUUCGAGUGCUGCGUCCUGGCGGCACACUGUUGUCCGGUAUCUCGAAUCCAGUGCGGUUUGUCUUCGACGAGGCAGCCCAGGAUGAACCGGGGCAACUGAUC